GCAGAAAAAGGUUUUUCCCGUCUGUGUGUUCGCCAGAACUUCCAACAGAAAGCUGGCAGGUCGCCGCGAUUCCAGGUGCUCUCCCGCGCGUUGGACUCCCUAACCCAACUCACGUCUUGUGCACUCCCGCUUCUCCGUUCAGCGGUUCGUUUUUCUUCUGGAAGGUUGCCCCCAUGUUUAACCCAAACGCGACGAUGGACUGGAUCCGCGGAGGCCCCGCAGCGGGGGUGGUUUUCCAAGUUCACCAAAGCAAGUUUGUGAUUCCCGCAGAGGUCAUGAAUCGGUCCGAUGUCCAGGGGUCCGGUCUCGCGUUGGUUGCGAAAAACGAAGGAUUCAAGGACAUUCCCCCUAAACUCCCGCGAGCCGAGGACGGCUCGAUCCUCCUCUCGCGACCUCUCGAGAGUUUCGAACUCCUCGUCGACCACUUACUGGAGUUGGAACCCCUCAAGAACAUUCCGCUGAAGGACUUCGCCAGCAAGUACAUCGCCCUCAAAAGCGAAGUGGCGUACUGGCAGUUGCCGCUGGACGACUUACCGUUCAACGACCGCAUCUACUUCGAAACGGCCUGGACAGAUGAGAACUGUUUGUUUCCUCUGACGGAUGAGGACGCUGCGGCUCUCGACAGGCAGACAGCCGCAGAGGCUCCGAGCGGCAGGCGGGUGGCUUUGAGUAGUCUUACAACUCAGCCAGCCGAAAUCAGCAAGGCGUUCCUCGAUGUCGAAAAGAACCCAGAAGAAGCAAAGGACUGGUCCUUCUUCGCUGUGGAAGCAGAAGAAGCGAGAACGUCUGGCAGUUCGGAGGCCUCGCCCGACAGGCUCGUUUUCGCAGUCGGUCCGAAGAAGUUCUUCUGCAAGGUUCCGUUUGUCUCCGACCUGUGUGUGCACUAUGGAGGGUUGCCUCAGCGGGAGGCGGAUUUCUCUUCGUUCGCGAUCCUCGUUUCUCCUGCAGAAACGACUGUCGUUUGGAAUCGAGGCUGUUUUAUCCACAUUCGAGUGAGAGAAGAAGCAAGCGGUCCUCUCUCUGCGCAGAUCAACGUCAUACAGGAAACACCCAGUUGGCUGUGCGUCCACCCUUACUUGGACUACGUCCUCUCAGGCGUGAAAGGCCCCGUUCCACACGUUUUCUGUUUCAACAUGCCUGAAGCCUCUGCAGUUCGCUUUUUUCCCUGGGGCUGUCUCGUGGUGAACAAGCAAGUGACCCUCGAGAGCCGCAAGAAAGCCGAUUUCCAGAACUCUUCUGCGAUCGUAGCUCGCGCUCCGACGAGAGACGAGGGGGGCGCGAAUGAGCACUUCAAACGCCUCUUCACUUUCCUGCAGCCCGAUGCGCCAAAACGCGGCCACGAAGAUUUGCCCGAAUAUAAGCCGGCGAAGCCCGUACUGGUGGCCUGUGUGUUGCGCAGCAAGCUGAAGAUGAUCAAGCCGAUCGAGAGAAUCCAUUUCAUCAACAUGGACAUGGGCGAGGAAAGUUCCGUGACGCUUCGUCACGGAGAGCACUUCGACGUUCUGGACGUCCGCAACGCAGCAGGCACCGACUUCGAGGUGGUUGUUUCUCUUAAUGGCGGCAUCCUCUCCAGAAAGCGAGACGACUUCAUGGAAGUUCGUCACGGAGAGCCUGUGGCCGCGAUUGGCGUCAACGGAAAAGGUCGUUUGGUCCCGCAAAAUAAUUUGUUCGUUCCCAAUGGAGCUCCUGUUGGAGAAAUGUUUCGCAGUUUGACUCUCGUCGCAGAAUACAUCAUCAGCGAAAAAACUUACUACACUUUCACUCUCGGCCAAAAACUGUUUGAGUUCCAUCGGUCUCUCUACCGGGGUCGCCAAGGCAAAGAGGCAGCGUGAGGAACGCGUCUUGGGAUUAUUUGAUUUCGUGUAAAUCGACUAACACCGUGUCCAGUUCUCCGGCAAGACUCCACGGAAAAGCUACACGUAGAAAUCCUCUUGGAGUUCGAACGCGAGGGGUUCCGAAGAAUUCAACGCAAGCCCUUUUCUGCUGUCUCCUCUCAGAUUUCUGAGGAAAGAAAACAGGAAAAACGUGGAUGCGUCGGCUGUCCUACAUCGUACGUGAAUGUUCGUGUCGUGGAAAAUCUUCACGGCAGCCAUAAGUGUACUUCUCAUACCCAAGAAUGGUCACAUUGCUGUAACUUGGACAUUCACGUGCAUGAGUAUUCGUGUGUGCAUCUCCAGGUGCACCCACCGAUGUGAAUGUGCAUUCAAGUUUAUCGACCUCUAUAUGUAGUUAUGUGCAUGUGUUUUUUAAGGAUUCUCGCGUGGAAAGAGAUGACGGGAUGGAGGGUGUUUUGAGAUGCGUGUGAACAGUGUACGUUUGAGUGUGUGGAAUUGUUUUUUCUCAAAUUUCCUGGCGAAUUUCGUUGCCAAUUCACAUCCCGUUUAAUUCCUUCACUGGUCCUCUGGAGUCAUCGUCUGUUCUCGAAAUGACGAAAAACGUUUCGGGUUUCUUUGUGCCAUCGCAGUAGCUUCCAGUCGUAGGAAGAGGCUUUUACUGUGGCUAGCGGGAUGCCGGUUCGACCAACCAUCCGCACGCACGUUUGUGUGCGACAACUCGUAUGUACAGCCAGCGAAAAUACUCGGACGCUGGAUUGAUCAGACCCAUCGUACUGGGAAUCGUCCUCUGUGAGACAGGAGUAUCUAGGCGUUUUCUGGCGAGUAUAAAUCUGGCGAGUAUAAACUGCGAGUUCGACGACGGGUUUAGAUCUGAAACAUCAGAGAAUGUCGCUGCAGGUGGAUUUUCUCUUCUGGCCAAACUCACUGACAUCUGCUCAAUGGGGACGCGGAGCGACUCUGUGCUAGUGCGUGCAUGUGCCGACUGUUCGUUAAACCCUGUACGUUACGUAAGAUGGGCAGCACAUCAGGCGUGUGGCAUCAAUCAAAUAAUGAAGCUAGAAUCCGCGCUAUUCACAUGGUCAAGUAGAUUCCAAGUGUUAGAGAAAAAGAAGAUUUUUUGCGGAAAGUUUUCAAUGCUCUUCUUUGAAUCAUCCCUGUGCCAACGCCUACCGGUGUGGAUUGUGCACGAUUUAGUCAAAGUGUGGUACGCAUUGUAACGCGCGUGUCUGCAACAGUUUUCAUGAGCUUCUUCGGUUCUUCUGUAGGUAUUUUUUCCGGAAAAAAGACACUACUCCGCGCACCGGAAUGUAGCUAUGAGAUCGAUGCACCCGACGUUUGUUUACGAGUCACUUGGAACAUGCAGUGAUUCAGAACUUUAGUGAGUUGGCACAGUUGAGGAUGAAGUGGAGAACGAACUUAAGCGCCA